GCAUCAUUGCUCUCUAUUCAACUGAUUCCCAGCUGGUCAAGGCACUCGCAAGCUAUGGCUGCGGCCGGCCUGGGCGCCCAUCCGCCCAGAGUACCUGCCUUUCUGCAGUCCAUCAUCCAGGACAGGGCAUCACAGCAGCGUUUCUAUGGUCAUACAGCGAGCUCGAGCGCGGUACUGACACCCGUCAACGGCGCCGUGUCCAGAGACGAGUCUGAACCUAGCAAGCUGUCUGACGGACAUGACGCGAGCGAAGGAGCCAACAGACUGCUCGCUUCGUUGCGCGCUGCGGCGCUGGCCGUGCAGGACGACACGCAAGAGGAUCUCGUGCCACCAGAGAAUUACGCCAUGAUUGCGCCUUGCAUCUAUCGCAGCAGCUUCCCCAAAAAGAAGAACUUCCCCUUCUUGAAGAGUCUCGGUCUCAAGAGUGUCUUGACGUUGAUUCUUGAGGAAUACCCCGAGCAGAAUCUCAAAUUCCUGCAAGAUGAAAACAUCAAAUUCCUGCAGUUUGGCAUACCAGGCAACAAGGAGCCAUUCGUGCAGAUCCCAGAUGAAAUGAUCAAGGAGGCACUCGUUGCGAUAUUCGAUACGCGCAAUCAUCCGAUGCUAAUCCACUGCAACAAGGGCAAACAUCGUACCGGCUGCCUCGUAGGCUGCAUCCGCAAGAUGCAGCAAUGGUCACAUACCUCGAUCUUCGAAGAGUAUCGGCGCUUCUCAGAGCCUAAAGCACGCAGCAUGGACCAACAGUUCAUCGAGCUCUUCGAUAUACGUGAUGUCUGGAUGGAGAUCGACGAGCGAUUCGUCCCCGCCUGGCUCAUCUAGACUACGCACACGCUUGUACAAUGUUGUUGAAAUCACUUUGCGAUGCAGAAAUUCAGUCUUCAAAUUAGC